GAAACUGUGAGGUCAAGAACCUCUAGUCAGGAUCAGGAAGGAGCUGGUAAUAGUGGAACAGUAGGAAUAACUACGCAUUCGCAGCAUGGACUAGCGCAAGAACAACACGAGGACCAAAGUUCUUCUGUGGCUUUUCCAACUGCGACCGAAAAUGAAGACGAGCUGUACAACUUCGGGACGAGAACUAAUACUAACAGCCAGAACUUGGUGAGAAACGACCUUCACAGCGGCGCUCGUACGGGACGAUUGUUCUUACCACCUGCCCGUCCUGUUGCAGCGAGUUCUAGCUCGGCCGCAGCAGAAGUCGCACAACAACUACCCCAAGCACUAUCACCAGACCGCUCUUCCGAGAACAACCGGAGUCGGCACGCUAUCGUACCGGCCCAAGCUGUGGAUAACGAGGCAGGUGACUGGUUCAAUCCGUUUGUGAAGUCAAAGGAGACGAGUGUCAGUAAGAGCAGUGACAGUAGUUGUGACAAAUCAUCUGGCGAUAUCGCACAUAGUAAACUGCAGAAAGAUGAAACAGAAUUUCUGGACACUGAAGAAGAUUACUCGAACACCAUCACUGCGGGUUCUCGUGCAGGAGUAAAUCAAGCAGGACAACUACAACAUCAAAGGACAACUACAAAUACAAUCUCUGCUGCUGCCGUUCCGAAGAACCAUAUCAACCAAAACGUUCAACCAAUUGCGAGUGCCACAGGACCACGAGCAGCAGCAUCGUCACCGACCAAUCAAUCUUCGUCAUCUGCCGCGGCGCAUGAUCCUCGCGUUGGGAAUCUACUAGACCCGCAACAGCAGGUGCAGCAAUCGAGCAGCGCAACGAGCGGCGAAGAAGACCUCGUCCACAUCAGAGAAGAAACGCCUUUGAGCCGCAACGCGGUUUCGAAGCAUCCCAGUUUUGCGUUAGCUCCGCAGAGUCGGAGUGUAGUAAAUACAACAGCUCUUGUACUUCCUAUCACAGCGGCAUCAAAUUUUGCUGGUGCAUCUUCCACAGCAGCAAAUCCCGCUGUACUACUCCUCGCCGCAGCCGCUCCUGCGUUAGGAGGUGUACAACUACCAACGGGAGGCAAAGGCGGCCAAGUCGUGGCUACUGAUACGACCCUAGGAACUUCUGCAUCUUGUUCCCCUAGUGCAGCCACGAAGGGACUAAACCUACAACAACCAUCAAGCUGGACCUCCAAGGGGACAGGGAAAAAAAUGACGGCCGGCUAUAAUUUAACAUCCCCAGCUUUUUCUGUCCAGAACAUUUACCAAUCCCAGCUGGAUACCGAGGAAGAGCGAAAACGCAUCCUACAGUACCAGCAGGCCAUCCGCGCAGAGGAUGAAAGAAGACUCCGGGAAGAAGAGCGGCGGGUUGCCAUUGAAAUGGCGGAAAUCCAAAACAAGGCCUGCCCGGCGCACAUCUACGAGCCGGGGAGCAAUAGACUGCAGUUGGGAGGUGAUGGAGAAGUAUUGAAUCCAGAGCCGGACAGCGAUAUCCUGUGCAAAAGUAUCGUACUCGUAUUGCAAUCAUGCAUUACAAAUCUUUUGCGUAAGGUAAUUCCGCAUUACAAAUUUUAUUUCUCACGCUGAGGAAAUUUGUAAUGCAUUUGUACGAGUACGAUACUUUUGCGGGGCAUAAGCGAGAGGAAGCGCCGGAAAAAAGAUUUGAACGAGCGAGAAAUGCAUGAACUGGAAGAAAAGGGAUUUAUCAGGAGUAAACCGCCAAUGCUGGUGGUGGGCAGCAGCAGCAGUAGUAGUCUUGGUGCCGCCGCGCCGCGGUCGAGUUCCGUGCCGGUAGAAUUACUCUUCUUGAUAUAUGGACUUUAUUUUAUCUUUUUGCUUACAGCGCGAUGUGGUUUUUCAACUUGAUUGAACAUACCAUGGUUGUUGCGUCAGUUGCUUUUGCAGGCUGCAUCAAAGCAUGUGCAUUCUAUUGGGUCACAUCCACAUGGCAACGAAAAUCUUUUUCCUCAAAACGCACAGAUCUCCGCCGCCAGUGCGAAUCUUCUACCGCUCGUCCAAGGUGGCACGACGGACACAGCAGUUGCUGGCAGCCACACGACAACGUCUACCUUAACAACCCGGAUGAACAACCCCCGCGCCUCCCUCGACCGUCGCCCCCCGCGGCUCGACGGAGGUCCGAAGUCCGCGACUCCGGGCCAAAAGUCAUUUGUCGUUUCCAAGCCGAACGGCAAGUCGCCGCUCACAGGACCCGGCCGCGGGCGCGGCAGCGGGCGGAAGAAUUUGAUGAACACAAUGUCCGGAAGUACUAGAGGGAAAGGAUUCGGGAAACAACAACAACAGGAUCUUCAAGGCUUUUCUCCAACACCUAUCAAAAGGAAAAAUCCCCCCUCCCCAUAUCGAAACGAAGUUUCUGAUGCUGGAUUUCCGUACACAAAUCAGAUUUGUCGUGCAGUAGAGGACUGCAGGCAUAUGUCAAGCCUCAGUCGAGAGGUUUUGACGUAGGCGCCUAGCAUGGCAAACGUGUAUGCUCUAAUCUAAACAGCAUCACAAACCGCCUGCAAAAUGCAGGGCGCUCUCUGGACUUGCCUUCUUGCAAGACAGACAGGAUUUGAGGUCACAAAUGCGCAUCGUAAAUUUUCAGACGGAUAAGUUUUCAAUAUGGGGAGGGGGGAUUUUUCCUUACGAUAACACCGCACUUGCGGUCGUUCUCUUCGCCGGGCGUUGGGAAAGGUGAGGUGUAUGCAUUGCAAAUAUGAUGUCUGGGUCUGUAAUGGUGCAAGGUCUGAUGCUGUCUCUGGAUUCUAAAAAAAUCUGUGUUGCAUGACCGGCAGGAGGAUUGCAGUUUGUACGACGUGGGGAUGACAUUUGUCAUGCGGGAUAGGCAUCAGGAAGCCCUUACAAAAUCUGUGACGCUAGGUCACGCAUUACAGGCAUCAUAGGUCAUGCAAAAUAUGCAUGACAAACCUGGCAGUCAUCCAGACCGAGACAUAUUUGCAUUUCAUAACGUGAUGCGGUCUACUACUUCGCCACUUCCGGGUUUGUUCCCGGAGAUCCCACCCGGUGGGUACCUGACGGUUUACUCGCCAGACGGAGUGGCCGUGAAAUCGUGGGAGAUCGUGAAGCCGAGUACUGCGGACGAGUGGGAUGGGUAUACUUGUUUUAAUAUUGUGAUUUUGUUUCAUCUUUUACUUUUGCCAAGCAUGUAGUAUAAUCCUGAUUGUGAAUGAUGUGCGAUGUUUUUCUGAAGUAUGGUAGCACCAAAAGAAAGGAAGUUUUGUUGUCGAUGAAAGUCGAAAAGGUCGUUUUUGCAGCGAUAGGCGUGGUGAAAAUGUCAAGACUUCUGUAGCAGUAGGCAUGAUGGGUCCUCUUUACUGCGCUGUGCUGAGCCCCUGUUGUAACUACGAAAAAAUUGCGAUAGCGAUAUAUCAUGUAGUUGUCGUUGCUUUGGCGCCGGACGACGGAUUUCCUUGUAGCCAAACCAAGAUCUCUCCUUGUCGCUUUGAUUCUGCCAGAUGAUCCUUGCCGCUGCACCUGUUUUCUUCUAAGCGCGCUUUCUUUUGCCAUUUCAACAAUACCUCAGCUUGAUUUGCUGUUAGAACCUUUCGUCUCGAAGUAGUGAAACAGUGACUAAGUUGGUGGAGGUUGAUGUGUAGGGUGAGUUGUGAGGAAGUAUGUGAAAGACGAUCAGUAGUAAAGCUUUACGUACCAGGUUCUUUUUAUUUCGACAUCAAGAGGAGACAGCAUAAUUUUACCCAGCGACACCACGAUCGCAUGACAGCAGUCCUGUCGAGCGCUGGGCAGCUGCAGGCUGCUGUGAUUGGCAGGACUACUGCCACUGCUAGUACUAUCGCUGACAGCGCUAGUACGAGCGCAACAGCAAGAACUGUUGACACGACAAGUUGUGCCAGUUCUUGCGCAGCUGCGAAUAUUAAAGCAACUGAUGUGAAUCUCCUGUCCGAUUUGAUCGAUAGCCUCCAGCUCAGCAAGAGUCUCAGGCCUAGAAAUCUGAAAUCCCCCAUGACCUCCACCGAUGUGUUGGUGACAGCCGCAGCAGUUGUGCAGCCAGUAGAACCUGUGCGCCAGGUUGUUGUAGUACCGUCGCUUCCUAGUAGCAGUAGUACAGCAACAUUAUCAACAUUUUCGGGCCCGCCUCAUAGAACUAGUACAACCGGGGAGGUGACGGCUGGUGGUCUUCUUGCCGGCGCACCUGGUGGAGGUUGUACUGGUGAAGACAACAUGGUGCAGCUGGCACAAUAUUCGUCCUCGAAAGCAGCAGCACCCGUUAUAAUUCCCUACGGUAGCAGUUCCGCUAGCGAAACUUGCCAUGCAGAAACAAGUAGACCACCAAGACAGUUGUACCCAAAGCCUGUGGGGAAGAGCGCCAUGCUCAAUUUGGCGAAGCAUUUCAAGGAGUUGAGAACAAACAAACCUUCGUCAAUAAAUUUACAAUCGGACGACCGUAUUGCUCAUCAUCAUCUCCUUGGGGAUGGUACUUCUUCUAGUAUGGCGGCCACAGUCAGCACAUCAGCGACUUUAUCUUCGCUUAACCACCAGCACCAGCGGCCGCCACCACCGGUGCUGCUGAAGGAGAAUGUUUUCAACCAGGAAGGUGAACAUGAUCUGAAAGCAAUUAAAGACCACGGCGAAAAUGUGAAGAUGAUGAUAGUACCCCGUCUCCGCAAUGAAGUAGCAGUAGUAGGAGAACAACAGGCGCUGCCCCCACCUCCAUUACAACCAGAACAACAACAGCAAAAUAGUAGUAAAACUAUGCUGCAUCAAGUGCAGCAAAAUCUGUGCCUGCAGACCAUCUACAGCCAGAAGGAUUUUCUAGAGCCAAACCCCUCGCCUAUACCGAGUAGACCGACAAGCCCGCCGCCAACCUACGAUAAUUCGAUUGUCAGUGUAGUAGAAGUAGUAGAUCAAGAAGAACUUCUAGACCGAAUGAAUUUUGGUUUACAACUAUCCCAAACAAACAGCGCUGUCAUUCCCGGCGAUCAGCAGUUCAAGAUCAAGGACAACAUUUGUCUCAUCGCCGACGUAGAUGAUGUGGAUCCGAAUUUUGAGACAGUGAGGAGAGACAACGAUUUGCUGAAGCAGCAGGAAUUAGAAGACGAGAAAAAACGGGAAGAGGCGCAAAAAGUGAAAGAACGCCUGGAAUUAGAACGAGAAAGGCGGGCGGAAUGGGAACGGGAGCAGGAGGAAUUGCGGGAGCGGGAGAAGUUGCGCAGGGAGCAGAGCCUGGAAAGGCAGAGACAGGCUGCUGCCGCACAGCAGGCCGCAGGCGCUGGUGCUGCUGCGUCGAGUAGUUCCAUCCGUGCCGCGCCCUCCGCCGCGUCUGCCGCAGGAUCGAGUGCUUCCCAGGGACUGGGCGGGAAUAUGCAGAGAUCAUCUUCUUCGCAUGCAGUAGCAUCUGGUCAGCAGGUGUUUCUGGAGCAGACCGAUUCCGGCACCAUGUUUUUCCGAACGGCCUCGGGCCAGAAAGUGUUUCCGAACGUUGCGCCGGGCGGAAAUAGCAGCCGCGGGGGAGGAGAUGAAGGGGGGGAACAGGUACAGGUGAGUUUGUUUUUUGGUUGAUAAGUACAAUUUCUAUUCAGUCGCUUUUCAUCUCUGUGUGGUGUGCAGUUCCUCUUCCCCGUCACCCAUCAUCCAUGAAAUAGCAACAAUAUGCUUCGCAAACGACAUCAGGUUCAAGAGCCGCACGCCCUGGAGGACGUAGACGACGAAGAUCCGGUUGAAAAGAACGACAGUGCCGAGUCCCGCUCGAAAUCCUCCGGUUGCAUCGACGAAGCCAGUGUCAGCCCAGACCAAGGGAAGAACAAGAAGUCGGUCGGGAACAAUAAACCAGCUGCGAGUAGUUCCUCGAGUUCGGUACAGCCGCAAGCGCAAAUGCAGAGCCGAGGCAGAGGAAGCGCAGUCACGACUGCGAGUGCGGGGGACCAGCAAGUGCCAGUGUUGGAGGACCACGCGGACGAAAAUCAGCGGACCACUUCCCGGAAGAGGUCUUCUCUCCAAAGGCAGAUAUGGAUUGCAAAUAUGUCUGGGUCUGGAAGAGCCAAACUUGUGAUGCUGCAUUUGCAUGCUAAAACAAUCUGUAUUGCAUGAGCAGCAAGAGGAGUCAAAUUUGGCUACGCAGAGAGGGCAUUUGUCAUGCAGGAUGCGCAUCGAUAGGCAAGGCGCUCCAAAAAUCUGUGAUGCUAUGGCAUACAUCACAGACAUCAUGGAUCAUGGAAAAUGUGCAUGACAAACUUCUCCUCUUUCAGAGCCAGACACUUUUGCACUUGAUAGCAGAGUCUUUCCCACGAAAAGGAAAGGGAGGAAAUUUCCGCUGCGCCAGGAAAGCGGAGGUACUUACAAUUCAUUGUUUCGAGUGUUUUUCUGAUUCAGAUUUUGCAUGAGAAGUUUCAUGCCUGGCGCAUAGGGAAUUAUCGAUGUUGUCAUGCAAGACGCGACUGCAGGCACAGAACAAAAGUACAUACGGAACAAUUUGGCAAUUAUCAGGUCCGUCCGCGAGAAGUCCCCGGAUGGAGACAACCUCCAACUUGACUCUUUCGAGCAGGACGACCUUGCUCCCUCGCCGGAUGUCGAGCGGGAGACGCGGAGAUUGCAGCUGAGCAAAUCGAGCAAUCAGGGCGGGAGUAAAUCUUCCAGUGACAAACAAGUUGAGGAACCCGAUGACCAGCCAGGAAGGAGUCAAGCAGCGCCAGGAGCUUCUGCGUCUUCUUCACAAAAUCUGCCACGACAGAAGUCCGCACAAUCCUGCCCCCAACCAUCUCCUCCCCGUCUAGAGGACCACCGGGGCGGUACUAUUUCAUCGCAGCAAGGAACGAGUAAAGGUAGUUCCUCGUCAAAUAAUAAUGCGGUAGGAGAACAAUCUCGAUCUCCUGGUGUAAUGAUUCCUGAAGCAUCUACUUCUUCCAACAACGAUCAAAAUCUCGAUACUUUCGACCACGACCACAACAAUUUCGACGACGACGGUGGUCAUGAUGUCGGUACUUGUUUUGAAGACGACCUCGGCGGAGCAUCAAAUGGACUCCAGAAUUCCGCCGGAUCGGCGUUCUCCUUCGGCGGACGGCCAGAUCAAUAUCAACUGCAAAGAUGUCUGGGUCUGGAAGGAUGCAGAGCUGUCAUGCUUGUCUGGCAUGACAGAAAAACUUGUGAUGCGUGUCCCAGAAGACGAAGAGACCCUUUUACUCGUCAUGCGAAGAUGCAGCUUGUCAUGCGGAAAGCGCAACACUAUAGCGGAGCACGUCUUUCUCAUGCUCUGCUGUGCAUUACAGUGCAUUGUCGGUCGUUCACAACCCAGCAUUACAAGUUUCCAGACCCAGACACAUUUGCACUGCAUAAUCAACCGGGCACGCCAAAUUUUGGUGGAACCAGCACCGGUUAUUUUCAACAGCAACAGUUUCAUCAAAACAUUUCUAAGCCUCCGAAACAGCACCGCAUCACCGGAAAUACAGACGCGCGACCGAAGUACGAUAUCAACGAUCCAAGAAGAAGCAAAAGAUCUUUCAUCCCGGUCUUGAACCACAGUAACAACAACCGCUUGAUCGUCCCCAACCUGCCCCCGAUGGUGACCGAAGGGCUACUCGAAGACGUGGAUGAGGACGACGAGGAUUUGUUGCUAGGAGGGGAGAACAAUUUUUCAUCCAAGUCGAAGAAUAAGAAACCGCGAAGGUCUGACUGGGAGAUUAUGCACGACCAGAUGGAACUCGGGAAGUCGAAGCAUGAUGUGUCGAAGCCGAAUUCUGCGCAUGCCAUCGCGAAGGAGAAACGGCUAUGAAUUGCAAAUAUGUCUGGGUCUGGAAGGAUGGAACUUGUGAUGCUGGAUUUGGAUUCUAAAGAGAUUUGUACUAUUGCAUGACCAGCAAGAGGAGUCCAGUUUGUGCUACUUAGGGAGGGCAUUUGUCAUGCGGAAUAGGCAUCAGGAAGCCUUCGAAAGAUGUCUGACGCUAGGCCAUGCAUCACAUGCGUCAUGGGUCAUGCAAAACAUGCAUGGCAAACCUUGCACUCUUCCAGGCUCAGACGUUUUUACAUUUGAUAACGGCGAAAAGAGCGGGAACUCGCCAUGCGCAACCGGUCGGCGCAGACCACCGUGCUCGUGCCUCAUUUAAAUCUGCAGCGCGACGUCAAAUUCAACCGGGAGGCGGUGACGGUCGAGGCGAUUCUGGACGCCGUGGCACAACUGAAGGAACACCAGGGAGGGAGUGGAGGAGAUCAUAUUAACCCAGAUGAUGUUGAACACGAUGAUGAAUAUAAUAACCUCACGGCAGAAUUUCUCGUGGAGGAGCACAAGCGGAAAAACUUGCAGGGGAGUCCCGCCUCGUAUGCAUUGCAAAUACUUUAGUCUGGGUCUGGAAAGUUGUGAUGCUAAUACAUUAAUAGCAAACUGACUCCAGUACGCGGUCCCGCAUGACAAAUUUAUGAGCAAUUCUGCAGCGUCUAAGAAAUGCACCUGUGCAUGACAAGAAGCAGAGCUAUUCCAUCACAUGCAUCACAGAGUUCAGGAGCAUGCCAGUUCAGCAUUACAAGUCCCGACCCAGACAUGUUUGCAAUGCAUACUUCGUCCCGCGGCUCCAUAUCUAGGUCGAACAGUCCGGAGAAGAACUUUCACGUUUUGGAGGAUAAAAACUUAUCCACGUCCGGCAAGAGAAAUUCGGCCAAGGGCAUCGUCCCGGAAAAAUUGAAAAAGCAGAAAGAAAUGGAGCGGCAACAAAGAGAAAUGGAACUGCAACUGCAGAAGAAAGCCGCGGCGGUUCUUGCGGCGCAACAAGCCGGAAUAGCUGGGAGUUCAUCUGCGGUUCUGGGUAGCAGAAUCCAAACUGGUGGAUCAUCAUCAUCGAGUGCGGUGCCGGGAAGGGGUGCAGGUAAGAGGAUGCUCGUGUAUUUGAUUUGCAGACACAUAGAGAGUACAACAGUUAGUGUUAGUUACAGUUAUCCCUCGUCUUCUUUUUCGCUCGACUUUGUCAUUCAUAUUGACGAAUUUUCACAACAACAUCGACCACCACCAAAUUCUCUACAAAUUAUCAGCCAUCAAAGCCUCGCCACCGACCGGUAAUUAUCCGCCAGAGACUUCCCCGCCCUCUUCCGCUCCGCCACCAGAAGCUUCACCCCAACACCUCCAUUCCUACUGGAAGGACCCGAAAGUGUCGGUGCGCGACAUCCACAUCACCCCGGCCGGCAGGGUGAAGAUUGACAAGAGGGCCGUGUUACCCCGGUUAUCCGAGAUCAAGGAGGGCAGCAAAGAGGUCAGCUCCAGUCCGGGCAGUGCUGGGUCGCAGUUGAGUCAGGACGAAUUGGAGAAGAUCAGGACAAAAAUGAAACAGAUGAAAAAGGGAAAACCAUCCGUUCUGGAGCAGGUUCUCGAGGGGGACGAGGAAGAUGAGGAAAGCAGCGCGGAGCAUUUCGAAGGACAAAAAACCCGUAAAAAAGCCGCUGAACAAGAUGUUGACGAAGAUUUCCCCAUGGAGGACAUGCUGGACGAGCAGCACUUCCCAGCGGAAAUUCUAUCAACUGUAAAAAUCCCUGGAUGUCUGGAAACUUGUGAUGCUGUGUGGCAUAUCAUGAGGAGGCCACAAUUGCUGGCUCAGCAUGACAAGUUUCUGAGCUUCUAGGUGUUGCCUAUUCUGCAUGACAAACUACGUUUCUGCAUGACAGAAAAGUGGGGCUCUUUGUUAAUGUGCAUGACAGAUUUAAGAGUCGUGCCAGACAAGCAUGACAAACUUGCAUUCUUCCAGACAUCCAGGGAUUUUUACAUUUGAUAAAUUCUAAAACCGGACGACGAUGAAGAAUCCGAGGACUCCGAGGACCGCAGACACCGGCUGGAGCUCGAAGAGACGCUGAACAGAAGAAAAAACAAAGGCGCACAGAAACAACUAAACCGCGCGCAAAAAGCAGCGGAAAAGCGGGCCAGUGAGGAGAGGAAAGCGGGAGCAGUAGCCGGGGCGGGAAAAAUAAACAUCAACGUGAGGAAAAAGGCGAUGAAGAAAGUCGUUUUGAAGAAUUUUUAUCAAAUGUCGAAGCAACAGCAGGGGAGAAUAGCCGCCAAUACGAGAAGGGACGCGAAAGAGCUCGGGCUGAACGUAUUAGAUUAAAUUAAAAUUUUUACAUUUGCGUUUCUUGUCGUCUGAAUGGUGAGGGUCACUCAUGCCUUGGGACGAUGAUGCAAAGUUGAAGAGCUGUGUUUUUUUUUCUCGAUAACAAGGCACGAUGUUGAUUGUCUCUAUCACACAUCACUGCAGGUCGGACACCAAAAAAUGGGACCUGUCGACGCGUACAAGAAGGCGCUGGAUAAAAGUAGGAUGCAAAGCAGCCCGAGUAGCAAGGCAAAUCCGAAGGCUGCUGGUGCUGCGCCAAAAGCAAAAGCAAAGGCCGCUGCUGCUUCUUCCUCUACAACUUCCAGUCUCUUUGGUCUGAAUCAACGGCAGUUUUACACCAAUUACAACAAAAAUAACAGUACGAACAAUAACACUUCAAGUAGAUCUCCGGGCAGUGCUGCAAGGCAAUUGGUCGCAGCACAGGACGUAUCAAAUGCAAAAAUGUCUGGGUCUAGACGGUUGGAACUUGUGAUGCUAAUUUUGGACUCUAAAGAAAUCUGUAUUGCAUGACCAGCAAGAGGAGUCUAGUUUGUGCUACGCGGAGAGGGCAUUUGUCAUGCGGAGUAGCAUCAGGCAGCCCUCUAAAAAUCCGUGAUGCUAGGUCGUGCAUUACAGACAUCCUAGGUCACACAAAAUAUGCAUCACAAACCCGGCAACAUUCCAGACCCAGACACUUUUGCAUUUGAUAGGACGAGGAUGUUGAGCCAGCUCCGGCGAAACGCGGUCGGGGGAGGCCACGGAAAGACGCACAACAGGAACCAGCUCUUGCAAAUGCUGCUGCUGUGCCUAAAGCAAAAGCUGGAACAACGACCUCCAAACGGGGUAGCGGGGGCAAUGAGAAUGACGAGGACGAUGAAAUAAAUGGAGCUUCAGGGAAGAAAAAUAAGUCCGGAAAAAAGAUCACCCCGGACAAGAAGAAGAAGCCGAAUUUGCCGGGAUUUCAGACCGACAAAAUUUUGGAAGAACUCCGAGCAGAGGAGACGCCGGAGAGCCCCGAAGAGGACACGCCGGAGGCUAUUCUGAGUAAAAACGUCCCCAUCCCACAGUAGUUGUCAUGCAGCGGUGCAAUGACAGGAACAUUUGUAAUGCGCAGCUCCAUGAGAGGCAUUUCCAAUCGUGUUUUGGAAUUUGUAGUGCUGUAAACAGGAUCAUAAAAUGGCUUUGUCAUGCGGCUUUCCUUGCCAACCAGCACUACACUGCAGAGGGAAUUUUGUCUUGCACAGCUCCCAAAACUUGGAGACUUGUGUUGCUAGAUCCCCAACUUGACUAUGGGGUGGGGAUGUUUUUGCUUAGGAUAGAGGCACAGCAGGCGUUCGCGCAAAUCAACGCCAUGCAGCGGAGGGCGGCGGAGGAGAGGAAAAAGCGGGAACUGGAGCAAGAGAAGUUAUUGAAGCAACAGGAAGUAGAGCAACGAAAACUGCAGCAACAGCAGCAGCAAAGACAACAGCAGCAACAAAGGCAGCAGCAACAGCAGAGACAGCAGCAGCAGCAGCCCGCUUCCUCUUCAGCUGCGUCUUCCUCUUCCGCCCCGAACAUUUUUCAAAAGGCGUUGAACCGUCAGGGAUCGAAAAACAUUUUCCUCAACCCCUCUUCCUCCGGAGCCUCGUUGCAGAACCUGGGCGCGGCAUUGGGUCUUGGCGGGGGAAGUGCCAGCCGGAACAAUAGCAAAAACACUUCAUUAUUUUCCGGGAAUAAUGCGUCGAGUAGCAGCUCCGCAAGUAAACCGAAUAUUAAAGGUGGUGGGGCUCCUGUGAAGACGCCGCCGCAGGGAGGAGGUGCAGGAGGAGCAGGGGCGAAUGAUAAUGGAAUUAAAAACAACAACGGCCGGAAGAUGAAUACCAAGGCGAACAAAAGCGUUAAUAUUUCUCCACCGCCCGCCGCGUCUCCGGAGACUUUUGACGGCCCGAGUCCGGUCAGCGCGACGAAAAGGACGUGAGAAGUUUUGCUGAAUGUCUUACUUUACAACCAGUUGAUAUCAUUUAUUACAACACGUUACGCACGAAAUACCUCAAAAAUACUAACUUUUUAUCCGUUACAGAUUUCCAAUCACAGUUUAUUCGUUACAGAAAUUUCCAAUCACAGAACAGAAAAUUUUCAUUACAGCAGAAGUGUCAGUUUACAGCAGAAACCUAAAGUAACAAAAAAAAACUGCAGAACAGCAGACGAAGUUACGACGAAUUUAAAAACGCUAUUUCCAAACCAAUUGAUGAGAACCACUUAGGCAAACACUGGGUAAAAAUCUUCAACACUUGAUUUCACCGUAAAAACUUUAACAACUAUAAUGCGCCGGCGCCACAGGGAACGUGAACGAUAGUCACUACCCUCGAGUGUAGCCGACAGUUGCGCCUAUUUUUUUUCAGCAGGAGUAGAUUCACGACAACCAAAGUAAGUAGGCAGAAUAUGAUCCAAGUUUAUGUCAGUGUCUUAAACGCGCCGGAACUCAAAGCGACGUAGUACUAGUAGUCGUUCAACAAUUAAUGAUUUCGGUUUGAGCAAAUGUGAAUUUACCGUCUCCGUCACCGUACGAAAGUCAAUCGCGCACACUAAUUUUUUUGGGAACGAACGACAAGUAUAAUUCACUCUGAGUCGAAGCCUUUGUGUAGACGUAAAGAUACCAAAGCAAAAGAAAAUCCUUGUACUAUAAUUCGUCCACCAGGCAGCACUGACAGCACCGG